GAGAGGAACAGGAAUCCGGUCUCGCGCCGUCAAUAAGAGAAAUGUCACUAUUUUUGGGGAAGUGGUUUUAAAGGCGCCGAUGAGGAUCUGAAAAAUCACAGCCAAGUUAAUAAAGUCCAGGAGGAAAACUUCAGACGGGUACAUCAUCAGACUCUGUGAUAUAGCACUGUGUGAGAUCAGUAUGCUCAUAGCUGACAUAACACUGGGGAAUACUUGAAGGUCUUUCUCCCUUACAGAUCACAUCAUCCAUCUGAAGAUAUGGGCUCCACCUGCUUUGAAGAAACACAUAGAGGCAAAGCUGAUGCACAGAUGCACACAAAGCCUCUUUGGUGAUUUUUUUUUUCUCGGGAGGAAAACCAAAGCCAUAGAGGAUCCGCAAGACUUAAAAGCUGAAGAGAAACAUUAAUCACUUUAUUUGCCUUUCACCUCGUAGUCUGCUGGUAUGGAUCAGCCUCUGGUGGGAAGUGAGUCGGCCCGGGCUUGCUGUUCCUACAGCACCCUGAAAGCCUGGCUGCCCAUCCUUUCCUGGUUGCCCAAGUAUAAACUGAGGUACCUGCAGAUGGACCUGCUUGCAGGCCUCACUGUGGGGCUGACAGCUGUACCGCAGGCACUGGCUUAUGCUGAAGUAGCAGGCCUUCCUGUGCAGUACGGCCUCUAUUCUGCCUUCAUGGGGGGAUUCAUCUACACGUUCCUUGGGACGUCCAAGGAUGUGACUCUGGGUCCCACAGCCAUCAUGUCUCUCCUGUGUUUCUCUGUGGUGGGUUGGCAGCCUGAGCGGGCCGUGCUGCUCAGCCUGCUCUGCGGUGUCAUCCAGGCUGCCAUGGCAUUAUUCAGAUUAGGCUUUCUGUUGGACUUCAUCUCCUACCCAGUGAUAAAAGGCUUCACUUGUGCUGCUGCUGUAACUAUCGGCUUUGGCCAGGUCAAAAACAUUUUGGGAAUUCAGGGCGUUCCCCACCAGUUUUUCCUGGAGGUGUACUACACCUUCUACAAGAUCCCAGAAGCCAGGGUCGGGGACGUGGUCCUGGGACUGCUGUCUCUCUCUCUGCUGGUCAUGUUGACGCUUAUGAAGUCGAGUCUGGGCCCUGACGAUUCCUCCUCCUCGUCUACCUCCUCCACAAUCGCCAGGAAACUGGUCUGGGCGGUUGCAACCAUGCGUAAUGCCCUGGUGGUCGUGGCUGCCUCCGUUGUGGCCUACUCAUGGGAGGCCUCUGGCCAUCACGUGUUCACCAUCACUGGGCACACUUCUCAGGGACUUCCACCUUUCAGGCCCCCUCCCACCUCAGACACCUCCGCCAACGGGACCAUUAUCUCCUUUGGGGAGAUUGUAGAGGACUUUGGAGGAGGACUUGCAGUCAUUCCCCUCAUGGGUCUGUUGGAGAGCAUCGCAAUUGCAAAAGCCUUUGCCAGUCAGAACGACUACAGGAUCGAUGCCAACCAGGAACUGCUGGCUAUUGGUGUAACUAACAUUAUGGGCUCGUUCGUGUCAGCCUACCCUGUAACUGGCAGCUUUGGCAGGACAGCAGUGAACUCCCAGACCGGGGUUUGCACCCCAGCUGGAGGCGUCAUCACCAGUCUGAUUGUGUUGCUGUCCUUGCAGUUCCUCAUGGCAGCUUUUUACUACAUCCCUAAAGCUUCUCUGGCUGCUGUUAUCAUCUGUGCAGUAGCUCCCAUGGUGGAUUACCGUGUUGUAGCAAAGAUGUGGAAGAUACAUAAGCUGGACCUGCUGCCCUUUGUUGUAACCUUCCUGAUGAGCUUCUGGCAGGUCCAGUACGGCAUCGCAGCAGGUGUAGCUGCAUCUGGAUUCCUGCUGCUGUACAGAAUCGCCAGGCCUCAAAUAAAGGUCUCUGAUCACGGCACGUUAGUGAUGGAAUUAUGCAGUGGUCUUAGUUUUCCUGCCGCAGAAUACCUCAGUAACUUCAUACACACUCAGGCCCUCCAGGUGACUCCUCCGAGGUCAGUGGUGCUGCACUGCCAUCACGUCAGCAUCAUAGAUUACACAGUGGUCAGUGAACUGGGAGACCUGCUGAAGCAGUUCCAACUACGAAAAGUCCAGCUGGUGUUUUCUGGAGUGAAGCCCUCUGUUCUGAAGGUUCUCCUGGCAGCGGAUCUGCAGGGCCUCAAGUAUACUGACAGUGUCGAGGAAGCAUUGCAGUUGCUGUCAGUAAACCUGCUCAACCUCUAGCCAGAUGUUUGACUCUGGAUAAACGGCAGUCAUAAGGAGCAUCUCUUGUUUGGGACCAUCGCCAAUGAAUCAGUGACUCAUUUAUUGGCCGUAUUGAAGUGUCCCUGCCUGCUAUCAAGCUGGAAGUUGCACUAAACCCUCUAUCUGCUAAACUUGAUAAAUCCCCAACAACACUACGAGUGCACAGAUUUAAUCAGAAGUCUAAUAUAUUAUUGGACACUGAAGCAUUUUGUUGGAAAAUAUAAUAUAUAUUUUUAAUGGAGAAAACAUUUUGUAGUUGAAGUUCAGAUUCCUUUUUGUCAUAUGUCUAUAAUUGCCCGCUCUCAUUACCCCACCCUUCCUUACUUCUCCUGUCUCUUCCCUCAGCCCAGCACUUACUGCUGAUCCCAACCAGCUUUGCCCACAGCACACAGUUAUAUUUGACUUUUCAUCAACAUCAUGCUUUUACCACGAUCAAAUCAUGCAUGUGUUUGAUGAUGUGGUCUUGGUUUUUACAUAGAGUAACACAUCUAUUUUGAUAGGGACCAAAUCUGAGUUUUUCAAAAUAAGAGCAUGCAUUAUGUGAUUAAUGAAGCUAACAGAGUGACGCUGACACAGAUGUCGCAUCUCAUAAAGACUUCUGUUUUUAUAUAUUUAUAUUUCUUAAGUGGAAUGGAAGAUGAAACAUUAUUUAAACAUUUGUAAUGCUUUGUGUAUGUGUUUGUAGGGGAUUAGUGAUUAAAACCUUGACAUUUAUAUGUGUGGGUGUGUCUGAGUGUGUGUGUGUGUGUGCGUGCGUGCGUGCGUGCGUGCGUGCGUGCGUGCGUGCGUGCGUGCGUGCGUGCGUGCGUGCGUGCGUGCGUGCGUGCGUGCGUGCGUGCGUGCGUGCGUGCGUGCGUGCGUGCGUGCGUGCGUGUGCCUGUGUCGGUGCAUUUCAUGAAAAU